UCCUUCUAUACAUACACUCGUGUAUCCUCUCGCUUGCUCCAUCCAUCUCCAGUGUCCUAAUCUCUCUCUCUCUCUCUCGUCUAGUUUGUUGGCCAUCUUUCUCUAUCCGCAGGUCACUCAUGUCGUCUGAGUCGGAGCCCAAGACCUCGGAACCGGGGGUGUGGGUGUUCAAGAACGGGGUGAUGCGGCUGGUGGAGAACCCCAGGAGCGAGCAGACGUCGACGGUGCGUCGGAAGGCGCUGAUGCACACGCCAAGCGGCAAGGUGGUGAGUUCCUACUCGGCGCUGGAGUCGGAGCUGAGGGCGCUGGGGUGGGAGCGCUACUACGAGGACCCGGCGCUGCUGCAGUUCCACAAGCGCGGCAGCCUCGACCUCAUCUCCCUCCCCAGUGACUUCUCCCACUUCGCCUCCGUCCACAUGUACGACAUCGUCAUCAAGAACCGAGACUCCUUUCGCGUGGUCGAUUUCUAGCCCGUUCAUGGAAUUCAUGGCGACCUCUCAUCUGAUCGGUGCGUAAGUCGUGUGCUUAUCUGGCAAGUCUCCCUGCAUGCAUGCAGGCAGGCUCUGGAUGAUUCAGUUUGCUCGUGUUUGUUUUGUACUCCCACCGUUCCAAAUUACUCGUCGUGGUUUUAGUUUAAGUUUGAACUAAAACCACGACGAGUAAUUUGAAACGGAGGGAGUACGUACGUGUGACUGUUACACACGUACACAAUGUGGUAUGAUUGUGGUGCUUGGUUUGUCAAUGGUUGUGUUCUGUCUUACAUUUCGGAAUUUACUUGAAUGAACCAUCAUUUCACUUGUA